AAUGAAAAAACAGGGGGGUAGCAUUGUAAGCAAGAUAUAUUGUUCCUCGUAUGAACAAGUGUUUAUGGUGAGGAGCAGACCAAAUGUUGUGUAUGGAGGUGGCUUUGUGGUGUUGGAUUCGAACCAGACUGAAGUAUUCAGGGUUGAAGGGUGCGGGACUCUAGGGAAAAGAGCUGAUCUUCUUCUUAGAGAUUCUCAUGGUGAUGCUCUGCUCCUUAUUCGUCGAAAGGAUGGCUUUGUGGAGGCCUUGAGCUUACACAAACAUUGGAAGGGCUAUUCAUUAAUCGAUCAAAAGCUUGUAUUUACUUUAAAAGAACCUCCACCCAAGCUUCUCCAUCAUGUCCCAAAUAUCAGAAUCUCAACUCAAACAGGAAUUAGUUGCGCCUCCUUCUUCAACUGCAAGUAUGAUUUCGAGAUUAAGGGCUAUUUCCAAGAUAGAGAUUGCGCCAUAAUUGACUCCGAUGCCAAUGUCAUAGCUCAGGUUGGAAUAAAGAAAGAGGUGGAAAGCAAAGAUGUGUACGAGGUUGUGGUGAAGGCCGACGUUGACCAGGCUUUCGUGUUUGGCAUCAUUGCUGUUCUUGAUUAUGUCUUUGAUGGUUCUACCAAAUGCUAGUCGUAGUUCAUUCCCUUCAAUUUCAUCUCUACUAUGU